AUGGCAUCGGGACCACCGGGUGGCUAUGCUGAGACUUCACCUAAUUUCUCUGAAUUGUUUCGGAGGCUGUCGGUCUACAGUAAACUGUGCAGUUUUCGAUGCCAGCAGGUCGAAGUUUGCAUUUUGACGUCAGCAGCGAUCGAUGUUCUAGGUGGUGAUCUGAAGCUUCAUGAAAGAACGAAAGGUACUCAGUUAUAUGAAUUUUCAGAUAGAAGUGCUUUAACUUUAUGCAGUGGCAUCGGAAACACCAGUAUUGAUAAGACUACCGUAGAUACCAACCACAAUAAGAAAUGCCAGUCACAAAGUUCAAUAAAUCUUUCAAAACAGCAUUUUAUACAAGCAUCAUUCAGUGAUAUAGAACAUUAUUCUCCUCAUUCAACGUAUUAUUUAAAAAUGAAAAGUAAGAGUCAGAAGCCAGAAAAAGGUUCUUCGAUGGAUAUGCUUUUUAAAGAUUGCACUUUUAAACAUAAAAAUUAUCUUGGACAAGGUAUUCCUGCAGUGGAGAUGCUUGAUCCUAUAACCAAAAAAAUUUGCCAUAUAGACAAUACCAUAAGAAAAAUGGAUCUCCGCGUUGGUGAAGAGUGCAAUGCCUUCAGAUUGGCUAAAGUUACUGCCUAA